AUGCCUAUUGCCAACGGUGACGCUCUGGGCCGCGCCAUGAAGGCUGAGAUUCAGGAUCACACCAAGGCCCUGGAGGUCCUGGAAAAGGAAUACUCUACUAGAGAUGGCCUUGAUGUUGAUACCCUGCUUGAUUCGGACAAGCACGGUGCAUUGACUUACAAUGACUUCCUGAUCCUGCCUGGUUACAUCGGCUUCGCUGCUUCUGAUGUUUCUCUUGAUACCCCCGUGACCAAGCGUGUGUCGCUGAAGGUCCCCCUUCUCUCUUCCCCUAUGGACACUGUCACCGAGCACAACAUGGCCAUCCACAUGGCUCUGCUGGGUGGCUUGGGUGUCAUUCACCACAACUGCGCCCCUGAGGAUCAGGCCGAGAUGGUCCGAAAGGUUAAGAGAUACGAGAACGGCUUCAUCCUGGACCCUGUUGUUCUUUCUCCCAAGGCCACUGUUGGAGAGGCCAAGGAGCUCAAGGCUCAGUGGGGAUUCGGUGGUUUCCCCGUCACUGAAAACGGUACUCUUCGUUCCAAGCUCGUUGGAAUGGUCACCUCCAGAGACAUCCAGUUCUACCCCAACCUUGAUGAUCCCGUCACUGCCAUCAUGAGCACCGACCUUGUCACCGCCCCUGCCGGCACCACUCUGGCUGAGGCCAACAAUGUCCUUCGUAGCUCCAAGAAGGGCAAGCUUCCCAUUGUUGACGAGAACGGUCACCUUGUCUCUCUGCUGUCUCGCAGUGAUUUGAUGAAGAACCUCCACUACCCUCUGGCAUCCAAGCUCCCCGAUUCCAAGCAGCUGAUCUGUGCCGCUUCCAUCGGUACUCGCGAGGAGGACAAGACCAGACUCAAGCUGCUUGUUGAGGCUGGUCUGGACAUUGUCAUUCUGGACAGCAGCCAGGGUAACAGCAUGUACCAGAUCGAGAUGAUCAAGUGGGUGAAGAAGACUUUUCCCGAGAUUGACGUUGUCGCCGGUAACGUUGUCACUCGGGAACAAGCCGCGGCCCUGAUCGCUGCUGGUGCCGAUGGCCUGAGAAUUGGCAUGGGCAGUGGCAGUGCCUGUAUCACCCAGGAGGUCAUGGCCGUCGGUCGUCCCCAGGCCGUUGCCGUGCGCAGCGUUGCUUCUUUCGCUGCCCGGUUCGGUGUUCCUUGCAUUGCCGACGGUGGUGUCCAGAAUAUUGGCCACAUCGUCAAGGGUCUUGCCAUGGGUGCCUCUACCGUCAUGAUGGGCGGUCUCCUUGCCGGUACCACCGAGUCUCCCGGUGAGUACUUCGUUAGCAACGAGGGCCAGUUGGUCAAGGCCUACCGUGGCAUGGGCAGUAUCGCUGCCAUGGAGGACAAGAAGGCUAGUGCUGGUAACAAGGACACCAAGGCCAGCAACGCUGGUACCGCUCGCUACUUCUCCGAGAAGGACCGCGUCCUCAUCGCCCAGGGUGUCGCCGGCUCCGUCCUCGACCGCGGCUCCGUCACCAAGUUCGUUCCCUACCUUGCUGCAGGUGUUCAGCACUCUCUGCAGGACAUCGGUGUGAAGAGCCUUGAGGCCCUCCACGAUGGUGUCAACAAGGGCAUUGUUCGUUUCGAGAUGAGAAGCGCCAGUGCUAUGGCUGAGGGUAACGUCCACGGCCUGCACAGCUAUGACAAGAAGCUCUACUCGUAA